AAAAAAAAAGUGAAGCAAAGAAGCGAAGAAACGAAAAAGCAAAGCGCAACAGAAAUUUUAUUUUUCAGCAACUGUUUUAUUCCUCACAAGUAAAAAGUUUUACCCCUGUCACGGAAACAGUUACAUCCCCCGCGAACAUUUUCCAUCGAUCACUUUAACAAACGGCAGUUCAACUGUGGGCGCGUUUCACCACACUUGCAAUCCUGCAGAGGUACACGCGUUUCUUGCGCAACAAAAGGACGAAUCCCCAGGGCAGCCCCUCCCUUCUUUUCACUUAACAUCGGAACAAUGGGACGUUCAUCAAAGAGCCGCUCGGGUGGUUUAAGCACAAGGUCCUCCUUCCUUAAACAGAACCCCUCCAGUGGAGUAAGCAGAGGAAACAGCACAAGCGCUCAAAGCUAUUCGGGAGGUGCCUUGCAACCCCAACAGAAGUCCGGUGGGUUCAUCUCCAACAUGAUGGGAACCGUGGCCAGCGGAAUGGCCUCCGGGGUCGGAUUUGGAGUAGCCCAGAGAGCGGUCGAUGCCAUUUUGGGCCCAAGGCACGUCGAAGUUUCGCACCCAAAUAACAAUGCUCACAUGAACCAGGCAGCAGCUGUGAGCAGUGAAAGGAACAACGACUUCAGGUGCAAGCCCCUGCAGGACGAGCUCAACCAGUGCCUGACGAGACACUCCGAUAUCAGCCUCUGCCAGAAUUACGCCGACUCGUUAAAGUCAUGUCAGCAGUCCAUGUGAAUACAGAACGCCUUGGCCGUAGGAGGCUCCCCCCACCCACACAUCCACACAUACACAGAGGAAGUCACUCCUGGUUGAAGGAGGAAAGAAUCUGAAAAUCAAGUGGAAUGUGCAUCGACGGGGGAGA